ACCCUUACAGGUGCUAUACUUGGCAGAUCAGAAACUCAGGAGUGUCUUUUCUUUAAUGCUAAUUGGGAAAGAGACAGAACCAACCAGACUGGUGUUGAGCCUUGCUAUGGUGAUAAAGAUAAACGGCGACAUUGUUUUGCUACCUGGAAGAAUAUUUCUGGUUCCAUUGAAAUAGUGAAGCAAGGUUGUUGGCUGGAUGAUAUCAACUGCUAUGACAGGACUGAUUGUAUAGAAAAAAAAGACAGCCCUGAAGUGUACUUUUGUUGCUGUGAGGGCAAUAUGUGUAAUGAAAAGUUCUCUUAUUUUCCGGAGAUGGAAGUCACACAGCCCACUUCAAAUCCUGUUACACCGAAGCCACCCUAUUACAACAUUCUGCUAUAUUCCUUAGUACCACUUAUGAUAAUUGCAGGAAUUGUCAUUUGUGCGUUUUGGGUGUACAGACAUCACAAGAUGGCCUACCCUCCUGUACUUGUUCCUACUCAACACGCCUUUCAUAUAAUGAUAGAGGACCCAGGACCACCUCCACCUUCCCCAUUACUAGGGUUGAAGCCAUUGCAGCUGUUAGAAGUGAAAGCAAGGGGAAGAUUUGGUUGUGUCUGGAAAGCCCAGUUGCUCAAUGAAUAUGUGGCUGUCAAAAUAUUUCCGAUACAGGACAAACAGUCCUGGCAGAAUGAAUAUGAAGUCUAUAGUCUACCUGGAAUGAAGCAUGAGAACAUACUACAGUUCAUUGGUGCAGAGAAAAGAGGCACCAGUGUUGAUGUGGACCUGUGGCUGAUUACAGCAUUUCAUGAAAAGGGCUCGCUGUCAGACUUUCUUAAGGCUAAUGUGGUCUCUUGGAAUGAACUUUGUCAUAUUGCAGAAACCAUGGCUAGAGGAUUGGCAUAUUUACAUGAGGAUAUACCUGGCUUAAAAGAUGGCCACAAGCCUGCAAUAUCUCACAGGGACAUCAAAAGUAAAAAUGUGCUAUUGAAAAACAAUCUGACAGCUUGCAUUGCUGACUUUGGUUUGGCCUUAAAGUUCGAGGCUGGCAAGUCUGCAGGUGACACCCAUGGGCAGGUUGGUACCCGGAGGUAUAUGGCUCCAGAGGUGUUGGAGGGUGCUAUAAACUUCCAAAGGGAUGCAUUUCUGAGGAUAGAUAUGUACGCCAUGGGAUUAGUCCUAUGGGAACUGGCUUCUCGUUGCACUGCUGCAGAUGGACCUGUAGAUGAGUACAUGUUACCAUUUGAGGAAGAAAUUGGCCAGCAUCCAUCUCUUGAAGAUAUGCAGGAAGUUGUUGUGCAUAAAAAAAAGAGGCCUGUUUUAAGAGAUUAUUGGCAGAAACAUGCAGGAAUGGCAAUGCUCUGUGAAACGAUAGAAGAAUGUUGGGAUCAUGAUGCAGAAGCCAGGUUAUCAGCUGGAUGUGUAGGUGAAAGAAUUACUCAGAUGCAAAGACUAACAAAUAUCAUUACUACAGAGGACAUUGUAACAGUGGUCACAAUGGUGACAAAUGUUGACUUUCCUCCCAAAGAAUCUAGUCUAUGAUGGUUGUACCAUCUGUACACACUGAGAAUUGGGACUCUGAACUGGAGCUGCUAAGCUAAGGAAAGUGCUUAGUUUAUUUUCUGUGUGAAAUGAGUAGGAUGCCUCCAGGACAUGUACGCAAGCAGCCCCUUGUGGAAAGCAUGGAUCUGGGAGAUGGAUCUGGGAAAUUUACUGCAUCGUCUGCAGCACAGAUAUGAAGAGGAGUCUAAGGGAAAAGCUGCAAACUGUAAAGAACUUCUGAAAAUGUACUCGAAGAAUGUGGCCCUCUCCAAAUCAAGGAUCUUUUGGACCUGGCUAAUCAAGUAUUUGAAAACUGACGUCAGAUUUCUUUAUGUCUGUCAGAAGACACUAAUUCCUUAAAUGAACUACUGCUAUUUUUUUUAAAUCAAAACUUUUCAUUUCAGAUUUUAAAAAGGGUAACUUUUUAUUGCAUUUGCUGUUGUUUCUAUAAAUGACUAUUGUAAUGCCAACAUGACACAGCUUGUGAAUGUGUAGUGUGCUGCUGUUCUGUGUACAUAGUCAUCAAAGUGGGGUACAGUAAAGAGGCUUCCAAGCAUUACUUUAACCUCCCUCAACAAGGUAUACCUCAGUUCCACGGUUGCUAAAUUAUAAAAUUGAAAACACUAACAGAAUUUGAAUAAAUCAGUCCAUGUUUUAUAACAAGGUAUUACAAAUUCACUGUGUUAUUUAAGAAAAAAUGGUAAGCUAUGCUUAGUGCCAAUAGUAAGUGACUAUUUGUAAAGCAGUGUUUUAGCUUUUCUUCUACUGGCUUGUAAUUUAGGGAAAACAAAGUGCUGUCUUUGAAAUGGAAAAAAAUAUGGUGUCACCCUACCCCCCAUACUUAUAUCCAGGUCCCAAAAUAUUGCAUACUUAAGUAGUACUUUUUUCUUUAAGGUGUGCUGUGUUUGGGAAAUAUUUGAAAACAUAAAGCAUGAUUUAAAAUUUUUUAAGUGAGCUGUGACACUGGAAAGCUCUUCAUUUUUUCUUUUAAAAUAGAUUUUUUUCCUAUUUAUAUAUAUAUAUAUAAAAUGGUGGUGUAUUUCUUCUUUUCACCAAACAGUGUGUGGGAUAUUCUUAUCACUGUUUUAUGAUCACCUCAGGAAGUGUCAUUACUCAGAAUUCUUCACUCUGCUUCUAGACUUGUAACUUUAUCACUGUACUGCGUGGUGCCAUCUUGUCAGAGUAAUAUUUGAUGUCUGUGAUAUGGAGAGAAUUAUCUUAGGAUAAAGGUAGUGACCUUUAAGAACAGAUUUCAGAUAUUACUGCUUUAAAACAAAUCAGGGAUAACAAGUUGAACUUAUAACUUAUAAUAUGCAAUGACAUUAAGAGGUAACCAGUGCUGGUCUAAGGAACACAACCCAGCUUCCUCCCCAAAUUACUUUUACAGCUAAUUUUAGAUAGUUCAUGCCUUAUCCUUGCGAAGAAAGUGGAAUUGAUGGCAAGUAGCUACCAGAGUGUUUUAAAAAACAAUAUUACAAUAGAAUAUAAUUGGAUCUUUCCUUAAGCUUACACGGGCCCAAGUAAAAAAUUAAUUCCCUGAAUUUUAAAUUACCAACAAAUAGCCAGUAUUAUGUUAUAUACAUUUUUGUUGAGUCACUUUAACAUCCACACAUUAACCUUAUAAACCUUUACGUUACUAUCAGGAGCUCACUGUGAAUGCAUUAUCUUCAGAUGGUUAAGACAUCAGACACUACAUUUUACAUAAAAUGUGCACUAAUCUCUGGGAAGAAUUACAAACAGUACAUAGGUCAACAGACUGUAAGUGGGGAGGAUAAUAGCAUUCUUGUCUGUAUGCCACAUACCAUAGAGAAUUGUGCGUUGUCUCUGUACCCAAGGUCUCACUGUAUUCGUAAGAUUGCCAAGAUCAGUGUUCACUGUUUGUUUUGAUUUCUACAUAUUUGGCCCCUCAAACUCUUGAUAUAGGUUUGCUUGCACUUGUAAACUAAUCAAGGAAAACCAUAAGAAAAUGUGCAAUUUUAUAAGGAAAAAUUUUUUCCUUAUAAAAAAUUCUAAGGAAUUAUUCCUCUCCAUAAGCAAACUACUACUGGUUUUAAACAUUCAGCCUCCUUUAAAAACUGAUAAAUGAGGGAUACUACGACUGUUCGGCUUAAGAAAGCACUACAGAUAAAUUUUACCAAGACUGGUUCAUGAUAUAAAAUGCUUUGUUUUCAUGCUAGAAUCCCCCCCCCUCUUUUUUUUUAAAAAGGAAAUCUUGGGUAUUGUAUGUAAAUCUAGCUUAUCAAUUUUAAAACUUGUAUUCUCUUAAGAACUACAUUAACAGCCUUUUUUAUAAGCAGUAACGUUAAGAAUGUUCCAGUGACUACCUGUCCUUAUACCUAGUCUUGUUAAAACUUUCUUUUGCAGGGCAUUUUAGUGUUUGGUUUACAGUAAGUGCAGAGUGGGCAGAUAAGAAGAUUGAGUUAGGGACAUUGAAAAAGAAAGAUCCGAGAAUGAAAACAAUUUUUUUUAGGGAGACGGCAAACUUGGACCCCUGUAUAUCUUCAUGUGUAUGGUGCUCACGGUGUCUUGUACUUUGCCUUUCUGAUACCCACCAGAACUGCUGCUUACUCUACCUUGCCCAAAUCUCCCAUGUGAGAAAUGCUUUAUGAUCAACUGCCAUAGGACUGAUGGAGAACCAGUGUUUGAAUUUAUUUGAAGUCUAUCUAUGCCCUGCACAGAUCUUGUAUGUAUUUUAGAUGCUAGGAGUUUUAGCAUGUGAUUUGUGACUCUUGUUUGGAUGUUUUAUUACAGGUACCUUGUGAAUUCCAGAACAGAGACUGUGCCUCACAAUUAUUGGUCCCAUGAACUUGCACUAUCUUUCAUGGUGAUAUUCUAAACAUAUAACCAGGAAAAACAAAAAACCAACACCUUUGGACUUAAAAACAGAAUCAUGUAUCACAAAAUUAUGAAAACAUCACUUCUGACCCUUUUUCUUAUCCUUAUUAAGUCACAUUUAAGUAAAAUUCAAAUGGUUGGGAAAAAAAAAACAAACUCCUCGCCAGAUAGAUGGUAGUUUAGUGGAAUAGACUGAUUACUGUUUUUUAAAAAAAAAAAAUGCUUCAUCAGAUAUUUUCCAGUUUCUCUUUUUUACUUUUUUGAAAAAUUACUUUUUAGGAAGAUUUGGUAUAAUGUGCAUAAAAUUAUUUACAAUUUAUGGACAAAGAUACAAGUAGCAUCUUGAUUAAACAUCAUUUACCUCAGAUAUUCAACCAGCAGUACGUUUUUUAUGCAGUCUCAACCCGUAUCUCCCUAUUUGUUACCUCUCAAAAUAUUGGUAAACAAUUAUUUUAGCUUUACUCUGUAUUUCUUGUCAGUGUUUUGGGCACAGGUUGUUGUACUACUGUCAUAUUGUACUUGCUAUUUUUUUUUUCUGCAAGUAUUUAACAGAAAGCUAAAAAUGAAAAAAAUCCCCAUAAAAUCCCACCUUGAAUAAGUGAUUGUUAAAUAUUGUACAAAUAAAAUGUAUGCUAUCCCCAUUCCAUCCCCAUGUUAAAUAAAAAAUGAAUAUG